AUGGAAUUUCCACGUGAGCCAACCCGAUCCACCCAGUGCCACAAUUCGAGGCCGAACCUCGAAGACCAGCUCCAGCACUUCGAGCACUUCGUCGACCUCCUCGAGCCGAAGUCACACCGUGACCACGGCGACCAGCAGCAGCAGCUCCAGCAGCAGCAGGACGGCAACGGCAGCGGCAGGGAGGAAUGUUACCCGGCCGGGACCCACACGCCUUGCAAGAACUCCUUGAGGACCUCCAGCACCACUUUCAGCAGCAGCACGACGAGCAGCAGCACGCUGCUAAAUUCCGUCCAGCUUCCGGAAGGAGUGUCUGGCACAGCGGCCGGAAACAUCCUUGUGCAAUCGCUCAGUAUAGCAAGCGAGGCGGUAUCAAAGGACGAGGCGUCGCUUUCGCAAGGGACGCCGUCAGGCGUUGUCACUGUGGUAAAGCUGUCAUCGACCAGCGACCAGGUCCGAAUCAAUCGAACUGACGGAGGUUCGGAGGUCGUGGUGUUGCUGCCGGCGGCAUUGAACAACUUGGCCGAGGGGAAUUUGAUGCUGGUGGUGACAGAUUUGCUUCCAUCCGUUGGUGAGUCCUUUCCCAAGAACAAGGGCGCUGACAUCAUUCUGUUGAAUUCUCCAGUGGUGGAAAUCUCUUUCGUACAGGAAAGCCAAGGAGAAGUAUCGGUUUUGGAAGUCAAAGGUUUGACUGAUCCAGUCAUCAUCAAAAUCAGCGAAAAAGCGCCCGUUGCAGGGGAUGAGUGCGUUUACUUCGAUCCUUUGGUAGAUGCGUGGUCGACAGACGGUGCCCAACUCCUGGUUUCGAAUGAUCCAGGCAGCUGGUGCGCAGUGAGUCACACGUCCAUCUUUGCCAUUGCCCAGAAGAUCCCCUUCGGAAACGCCUUGCCCACAGAGUUGGCCGUAAAAGAAAACAGUUACUUCAUUGCCGUCCUUCUGACCUUCACCUUAUGUUGCUUCACCGUCCCGGCAGUGUACGUCUGGCUGCGGCGUCGUUUCAAAGCACCGUCCACGGGAAAAGCUUACCUCACCUGCAAGGGACGCAAAGCUCGGCCCAUUACCUUUUCGAUGACGAAGGUGGUCAGUGAAAAGGAGGGUGGCGGAACUGAUGGCAAGGUGCUGGUGAAAUGGGACGUGACGCCGGAUGUGCUACCUGAUUUGGACAACUUGAAGCUGCGGCACGUCUCUACUGAGUUGAGUACCAAGGGCCGGGAAGUGAUUCGCGUGAAGAGCUUGAAGAGCGCUUCCUUCGAAGAAUCGCCCAGAUCGCCCAUAACGCCCAGAUCGCCCGAACGAUCCUUCGAUCGUAGCGCUAGAUCUGAACAAAGCGAGAGUUCCUUCGGUAUCGAUGCUUCUGUUCCAAUGGAUCGGGAGGAUUCUAUGGUGGUGUGCAAUGUCGAUGAUCUUCUACCACCCAUAGCCCCAGAAGCAUAUAGAGACGGUGAAAUGGUGUUGUAUUGGUCACAGUCAUUGCAGCAGUGCGCUUCAGCUGUCAUUGUGGGCAAGGGGACCUUCUGCAGUUGUGAAGAUGGCGAUACGUGGCCAGCGUACGAUUGUCGAGUUGGGCGACAUCAGCAGCUUCGUUGUCAAGUUCCGCUGAAUUUGCUACGGCCAGCUCCACACGUUGGGGAGAAAAUUGUUGUACAGAUCAGAGGCAAAUGGUUCCCAGCUCGUUUCAUGGCUUCCUUUUUCUUCCUUCAGGUUGCUCAAGUAGCCGUGGAGGCUGGUUUCAUGGCUUCCUUUUUCUUCCUUCAGGUUGCUCAAGUAGCCGUGGAGGCUGCGACCCUUGACGUACCGGAGUCGGAUGAGCUGCAAGUUCCAUUUCAUUGCAUCAGACGACGCUUCUCGAAAGGGCAAACAUGCGAAGUCUAUAGAGGCCAAGACGGGUGGGUGAGUGCACGCGUUGAAGAAGACAAGGUGGAUGGAUUUCACGUGAGUUUGGUCGAGGAUGCAGAUGGGAGCUCACCUGGAGAGGUGCUCGUGUCCUUAGCCGGUGAGAUGCUACGCCUGCCACUCUCCUUGGUGAGAGCAUCAUCAGUUCUCGAGAUUUGACUUGGAGCUUCAUAUUUGAAACUGUCGCAGAAGAAGUUCAGACCGCAAGCGUCGCAAGAAAGUGUCGCAC